CUUUUAUUUUGAUAGUAACCGGAAAUACUGUUAGGUGGAGCCAGUGACAGCUCUUCCUUAUCAUCAUGGCUAGCUGCUGCACUCUGAAAGUAUUAACAAUUUUAACCUUUGUUUUGUUCCAUGCAUUUGUGGAAAGUAAUACAUUUGAGGCCAAAGCCGGCCAAUUCUUCAGCAGUGGUCAUACAAACAACUGGGCAGUACUGGUUUGCACAUCCAGAUUCUGGUUCAACUACCGUCAUGUUGCCAACACACUAUCCGUGUAUAGAAGUGUCAAGCGACUUGGCAUCCCAGACAGUCACAUUGUUCUGAUGCUGGCAGACGACAUGGCCUGUAAUCAUAGAAACCCUAAGCCAGCCACUGUGUUCAGCCACAAGAACAUGGAGCUGAAUGUGUACGGGGAUGAUGUGGAGGUGGAUUACCGUGGUUACGAGGUCACUGUGGAAAACUUUCUCCGUGUUCUCACGGGCAGACUGCCUCCCAGCACCCCCAGGUCCAAAAGACUACUCUCAGAUGACCACAGCAACAUCCUCAUAUACCUAACCGGCCAUGGAGGGAACGGCUUCUUGAAGUUCCAGGACUCUGAGGAGAUCAGUAACGUGGAGCUAGCUGACGCCUUUGAGCAAAUGUGGCAGAAGAGAAGGUACAGCGAGCUGCUGUUCAUCAUCGACACCUGCCAGGGGGCGUCCAUGUACGAGAGGUUCUACUCCCCCAACCUGAUGGCCCUGGCCAGCAGCCAGGUGGGAGAGGACUCCCUGUCUCACCAGCCGGACUUGGCCAUAGGGGUUCACCUGAUGGACCGCUACACUUUCUACCUGCUGGAGUUCCUGGAGGACAUUCACCCUGCCAGCACCACCAACAUGAAUGACCUGUUCAAAGUGUGUCCAAAAAGCCAGUGCGUGUCCACGCCGGGCCACCGUACCGACCUGUUCCUGCGUGACCCGGGGAGCGUCCUCAUCACCGACUUCUUCGGCAGCGUUCGCAAAGUGGAGAUCACCAUGGAGACGGUCCACCUCCCCUCUCCCAUCGAGAAGGUGGCGGAGGAGAAGAAGUACGCCGAGCCGCAGACGGAGAGCCACGCCUACGUGGACCAGCUCCCCGUGGCUGAGAUCAUCCAUCAGAAGCCCAGGCUCAGAGACUGGCACCCUCCAGAUGGCUUCAUCCUGGGCCUGUGGACCCUCAUCCUGCUGGUGUUCUUCAAGACCUACGGCAUCAAGCACCUCAAGCACAUCUUCUGAGGCCUCGGGAGGUCCAGUCCGUGGAGUUCUCUCACCGUAUUUUUUUUUUUUGCUCCAGGAUGCCAUUUUCUUUACAGAGAGGGGUGAUGGUUCUGCCUGGUGGAGUCAGGGGACGUUGGAGCUUUCUAGAAGGUUAUCUACAGACUGCCUUUUCGAAAGCACAUUUCCCAUUGUUAAUCACCCGUAACGCUUUUAAACUGGAUCAGGAAUUUGAAAUAUAUAAUAAAAAUGUUAAAAAAGACAACGUACAUGAAGGAUGUAGGCAUGCAAGCACACGGAUCCUUCUUAGUAUGGCAGCCCAAGUUGGGUGCUGUGAGCCACCCAGGGUGCAUGGUUUAUUAUGUUUUCUUUGUGUUCAAUGUUCUGUUUUGUACGAACCGCCUAUUCAAUAAUUGAUUGAAACGAAUUUGUCUGAAACGCACUGUAUCGAGUCUGCAGAUAAGAUUGUCAUUUCUUGGAGAGCAUGCCGCUCCGCAUAUUUAAAGCACCGGCCUUUUUACUAAAGUGGCACUCAGCGUCAUGGUCUCUGUGAAAAGAAUAUGUAGGGGGGGGGGAUAAGAGUCUCGAAAUGGUUUCCAUUGGCGAUGUUGUGUUGGGCAUGAUGAAACCAUCUACGUUUGCCAUUCACCAAAUUGCCCUCUCCAAGGAAUCGUCCAUUAACUCGCAGGCUGUGGACUCGGCCGAUUGGACUCUUACGAUGGACAUCCGUUUCUCACCCUUAUCCGCGAGUUAGCCUCUGCGGCGAUAAGUGAUAACCCGAGAAGUGCUGGAUGAACGACAUCUCUCACAGAGCCUCUCUGUGUUCUCCAGCUCGCAGUUUCUCAGGACUUUGCGGCAUUUGCCUGGUUGUUUGGGAAGGAGUGACGAUCAAUGCAUACGUUGUUCGCUGCUCAGCGUGGUUGCCGCCUGCCCUCCGACACUCUUUCCUCGCAGGGCAGGAAAAGAGGCUCCACACGGGACGACUGCUGGUUCUCCGGUCCGCGUCAUUAACCCUUUUGUUUCUCCCAACUCCUUUGCUGUUUGGAGCUCAUUACUUUGGUCUGCUUUGGGGGGGAUUUAACAUUUAAUAAAAAAUUAUUCCUGAUGUCUUGAUUGAAGAUGAAA